AUGAAAUCCGCACUUCUUUUUGUUACCUUAUUCGUUGCUUUGGCUGUUGCCGAGCCAUACUACUACUACAAGCGUGAUGCCGAAGCAUCUCCCUACUACUACUACAAGCGUGACGCCGAAGCAUCUCCCUACUACUACUACAAGCGUGACGCCGAAGCAUCUCCCUACUACUACUACAAACGUGACGCUGAAGCCACCCCAUACUACUACUACAAACGUGACGCUGAAGCCACCCCAUACUACUACUACAAAC